CUGGAAGAUGCCCCGGUCAGUAUUCCUAACUGCUUUGUAGAUGGGCAUCAUGAAAAGUGUUCUUUCCUCAUCAGACCUACUAAGGGAUCGUUCCUGAGAGAAUAUGAUGGACAAGCUGAUCUUCAUGUUGGUAUCUCAAAUACUCAGGGUGAGUUCAAAAUAAGACCAUACUUCUUAAUUUAGAAUUUAAGCACAGGAUAGGUACAUUAAAACAUACUGCAUAGGAAUACAACAUUGUGAAAGUAAUUGAGCCAAAAUUGUUAUGUGAACAAGGGAGGAGAGCGGAGACCUGAUUGGCUAAUCUUCAUCCAAUCAGGAGGGACAGACUUACAGGGGUAUAAAUACCACCGGAGUCGACAUGCUCGGGCAUCAUUCCUGAUGAAGAUGGCGGAGUUUGUCAGUAAUACUCGAUGCCUGAGAAGAGUUUAUUUGUCAUAUAUGCCGGCAAAGCACUAGAUCAUUUUUGUUAUGUAAUAGCUUGAGCUUAAUCAUUUUAUAUGAAUGGUGUAGAAAUUUGGUUUGCAAAUACUUUAUGGUCUUAAUAAAUAAUUGCUUGUAUUCAUAACUAGCUUACUUUCCAAAUUUAUUCUAUUCGUCAUGAACUGUUAGACGAAACUAUGGUAUUGGUACUGCAUCAAUAAUGUUUGGUGAUAUGGUUCAGCAAUAUACUCAGGAGGUCUUUUCCAUGCACGAACUGACACAAACUAUUUCUUUGUGAGCUUUUUUUUGGUGUUUCAAAAUGUUUCUUUUCUGUGCUGCUUAAAGUUUCAAUAAAAUGUUACACUUAAGUGACCAAGAAUUAUGAUACAUUUUAAGGUGCUUGGAAGUAGCUACAGAGGAGAUGUUCGGGGUAAGUUUUUUAACGCAGGGAGUGGAACGGGCUGCCGGCCGCGGUGGUGGAGGCGGAUACGUCCUGGACAGGUACACGGAGCUUACAAAAAUAAAGGGCUAUGGGUAACCCGAGGAGUUGUGUACAAUUACAUUAAAACCGGUGUCCAAAGAGAUGGCUGUGGUUGGGAGGAAUGUAUUUCUGUACCACUGGUACAAUCAGACACGUACAAUUUAAUUAACCAGUGGGAUCUUUAUUUGGAGCAAUUCUCCAAUGCUGACAUAUGGAUUCCAAACAGGUACGAUGAAUAUGAGCACAACUGUUAUUCCUAUGCAUUGACCUUCAUCAAUCGUGUCUUGGCAGCACAAAGUAAACGGCAGCUGAGUAGGAUGGAAUUUACCGAGAGGUUUGUGGUUCCACGGACAAAGCGAGCCUCCAAGUACAUCACACUUUAUCGAGAGUUAUGCAGAAGCUACUACUAUAUUGCCGAUGAUAUCCAAACUGAAGAAGUUAGCACCCAGUUUUAAAAACUGAACAGCCCUCGUCUAAAUGUGACUUAAAAAAAAUCAUUACUCAGUGAAAUGUUUAGAAAAAUCAAACUUGCAUUGAUUAAUAGAAUUGCAUUUCCUCCUAUUAUUAAAAAAUUACAAGAUAAAUUACAAGGUAAAAUUACAAGGUAAUUUUUAUAAUAAAUUAACCGCUAAUUGUAUCUACAAUGGAACUAAUAUAAAUAACUGAAGUAAAAUAAUAUUUUAUUUCAUUGUAAACAACCCUGGAUACUGGAGAUGCAAGCAUUAUUGUUCUCAAGCUCACACAAUAAAAUUGUAUGUUAAAUAUUG